UAUUCAUCAAAGCCACACUAUCUCACAUACAACUUGUCUCUCAUUGGUCUGCCCAGAACAAUGUCGGAUGCGCAGAAAGGAUCGACGCAAAACGAAACAAAUGACGGAGGGGGCAUACUAUGGUGGAACCCUUGCUUCACUUUUCGGCUCGAAGUCGACUCGAAGUUGGCUCGAAGUUGGCUCGAAGUUGGCUCGAAGUUGGCUCGAAGUCGAAGGUAGCAGUCCAGCAGUAUAUGGAAGUUUGUGGCUUUUACGUAUAACUUUUAUACUAAUAUACAUUGUUGUACAUCUGAUCUGAUAAAAAUGCCAAGAAAAAAUAAACUGACUAUUGACGCUGCGGUGGCUAUUCUUAUCGAGUUCUUCGAUUUAAUGACUGAUGAAAUACCUAAUUACUCGAACCCCGUUUGGGAUGAAAUGAGUAACAGAUGCAACAAUGCAUGGAGUGGCCAUAACUGGUGGGUUAAUGUUCAAUAUGACAGACGAAAAAUAUAUUCCCUCGCAAGAGAAGAAAUGGGUCUUAAGCCACUGGUGCCAGAUCUAUCAACGAAUAUCUUGAUUCCCACUGAAGAUAUUAAAACAGAAUCGGUUAAUUCUAAUAAUUCGUCAUCUCGUUCUACUCGUAAAACAAUUUGUAAAAAGGGUUAUUCUCGGUUUAAUUUAAUAUUAAGCGCAAAUGAGUGGGAACAAAUUAAACCACUUCAAACUGCGAACCAGUACUCGUUAAGACCAUGGGUAUGGACUAACGUCGUUGCUGAUGCAUUUUAUCGACAAUUUCGUCUGCCCUGCGCAUAUACUUUUGUUAGAAGCCUAAUUUUUCAACCUGAAAGCAGAUAUUACAUCAAGAUUAUUGGAAAUUGUAAAAGUAAACUAUGCGGUAAUUUCUUCAAAGGGGUUGUUUAUGUAAAACCACCGGACAGUAAUAGUCCGCUUCGUAUACAUGUCAAAACCUGCGAUACCAGGGGUAGACCCCAUGAAGUUUUGCGGCGUCCUUUAAAUGGACAAAAACGAAAAGAGGCAGGUAAAGCAGCAAUCACAGAAGGAUGUUCAAGUUUACAGCAAAGAAUGGCAAAUGAAACUUUAAAUCUUGAAGAGACUGACGCACCAAUAAUACCUUCAUUGGCAGUACUGCGACUUGCUAAAAAAGAAGCGGUCAGAAAGUUCGCUGAAAAUUGUCUUCAAAAGUUUGAAGAUGAUUCAAUACUUUCAUAAUUCGUUGCAAUAAUUUUCAGAUUUUUUUUACACAAAUCACACUUCAGAAGUAUCGAGAAAGUUUAUAUCUUUUCAUAUGCAUAAAUUCUGAAAUAUUCUGAAAUUCUCAUUUUAUCAUUUCAACAUUUAUAUCAUAGAAUAUUCUCAUAUAUGAGAAACUAAGAAAAGAAGUGGGCUUUCUGGGUAUUUCUGAAAAGUGUACCAAUUCGUAUAAACAUUCUAAGGAAAAUUUUCACCACGAUAGGAUCCAAUUGGACCACGUUAUUGAUCGGCGCAACACUAAAAUACUGCAUCCGAGUUAACCAGGCCGAAAAUGCCGCUACUGGUUCGCUAAAAAAAUUGCAAAGUAGCUUCACGCAUCGUUUUUAAGUUAAACCAGAACAUGUGUCAUUAGAAUUUUUACAUCUAAUUGUACAAUCGAUUUUUAGUGGAUCACUUUGACUUUGUGACAACAACGAUAAACGCAGCUUGUUUAUUAGUUAAGUAUCGUCAUGAACAACAUUGUGAAACUAAAGAUGUACAAUUACAUUAAGUGACGAGUUACGCCAAUAGCAUUGAUUUUUUUAAUUUGCAAGAAAAAUUAAUUACAAAUUUUAAUUUACUUUUUACAUUACGAUCUUAGUUUUUUCAUAAGACUUUGCUGAAGACUGUUUCUAAACUCAGCAAUUGUAUCUACCAGUGGUUGCGUUGUAUGUUGUAUAUCAUACGUAUAGAGUACAAAUCUGCAUAAGGUUAAUACCCAUUACUUCCAUCAGACAUAAUUUACAAGAAAUGGACACAUUGAUACCGAUAUCGUUAAGAUGGUUCUCGGUAACAGAGUAGAGCACCUGUAGCGCGAUUCUGUAACUCGUGUCGUCGUUACGGGCUUUGCGCAGCUUUUCUACGGUAUAUUAGAUCUGUGCAAAGCACGCAACGACGACAUAACGAGUUACACUAUCGCGCUACUGGUAUCUACGAAUAGAGAAUAUAAAAUAUUUAUAUCGAUAAAAAACAAUAUACUUUGUAUGAUCGGAAUUCAAGGAAAUGUGUUACGAUUGAUUUAAUGUUUCAAAGUUGCAUAAAUAAAAUGUUUCAACUUGCACAAAUACAAAA